AUGGACUCCAUACAAUCCACCACUGCAGUUGUUGCUCUUGCCCCUCAAGAUGGCAAGAGGAAUUGGAAGCUUCAGCAACUCCAGCUACCAGAGCCUGAUGAAACUGAAGCUAUGGUGGAAAUGGUUGCUUCGGGAGUCUGCCAUACUGACCUGGGCUGUGGAACCGACCCUGAUGGAACGCCAGGAUUUCCUGUUCCUCCGUACCCACGGGUUUUAGGUCAUGAAGGCGCUGGUUACGUUCGGGCUGUCGGCUCAAAAGUCACCAAGGUCAAGCCUGGCGAUGCCGUUCUCCUCUCUUUUGCGUUCUGCAGGCAAUGCCACAACUGCAAAUUCGGCGCUCCUGGCUAUUGCCACGAAUUUACUGCUCUCAACUUCUCAGGCUCACGGGAGGCUUUUCGGAUUUCGAAGCCUGCCUCUCAGAAGGUCGGGGGUUCUUUCUUUGGACAGUCGAGCUUUGCGAAGCUCACGCGUGUCCAAGAGACAUCGCUUACCGGCUCAGGCACUAUCACCGAACUGGCAGCCGCGAAACCGGAUGACAAGGUUGCCAUUAUGGGCUUGGGUGGCGUUGGUCUGGCGGCCAUUAUGGGUGCGAAACUCAGAGGUUGCAAAACCAUCAUCGGAAUCGAUCGAGUCCCCGCAAGAAUCGAGAUGGCAAAACGACUGGGAGCGACACACGGCAUAGACACAUCAUCGGUCGCUAAUCUCGGUGAUGAAGUUCGCAAGAUAACAGAUGGCUCAGGGAGUACAGUCACUGUUGACGCAACAGGUGUAAUGUUCUUGAUCCAGCAAGGUCUUGACUUCACCGCCAACCAGGGUAAGAUGGUUCUUCUUGGUGUUGCACCAAUGACAGCUGGCUUGGAGAUCUCGGUUGUUCCCUUCAUGGUUGUAAGUAUCUCGUAG